CGAGAAAAUAAUGGGGUUAAAUAUGCAAUUAUCUCAUUUUUAAGGGGCUUCUCUGCAUCGCCCUGAUUGGCUGUCUGGUUCCGUUAUAUUCUUUAAUCCGAUUCCAAAAACUCCCUUUUCCAGCAAUUAGAAUUUGUAAAUUGCUGAAGUUGGUAACCUGUUUGGACAUUGGGAUUUGGGGCGGAUUGAUGGCGGAGAUUCUGUGUUUUUCCGCCGGUGCCGGCAGACGGCGAUGCACGAUUGAGAUUUUGUGGGAAAAUAAUGGAAGAGUUGUGUGAUGUGUGCUGUCUCUCUAUCGCGUAAAAAAAAUUGGGAGAGAAGAAAAGGGAUCUGUAAAUUACAGACUGUGUAGGUAUGUUGGUGUGGGAAUGGGUUAUAGUAAGUUUUGGUGUUUGACGCGGAAUUCUGUUUUGUUAUUGGGAUUUUAAAGAUGAAGAGGUCGAAAGGGGAGUCUCAAAGUGUAAGGAGGUUCAAGUUACCGUACUUUCUGUUGGGUGCAGCUGCAUUAUAUUUGAUUCUUAUUUUCUUCAAGUCCCCUCAAUUUCUGGAGAGUGCAGCCGUUUUAAGUGGUGGUGGUAAUAGCAAUGGCAAUUUUCAUGGAUUCUCACUAGGGAAUGAAGCAGAGAUAAUUAAAUUAAAUGUCGGUUCUGAUGGGCUCCAUAGAAUAUUACAAAAUAACGAAAAUCAAGAAACUUUACAAGAGAAGGGAAGUCGCGAUCCGCAGAUAAAGCCAUCACAGUAUGGUCGAAUAACUGCUGAGAUCAUGAGGCAAAUGAAUAGGACCACUAACUUGUCUGUGCUGGAAAGAAUGGCAGACGAGGCUUGGAUUUUAGGGUUUAAGGCGUGGGAAGAAAUAAAUAAACACGAUGAAAAGGAUAUCGACAUGAGCACCAUACUUGACGGAAAGCCCGAGUCAUGUCCUUCGUGGGUUUCCAUGACUAAAGAAGAACUGGCCAAGAGAGAUUUCGUUAUGUUCCUUCCAUGUGGUCUUGCUGCAGGUUCUUCCAUUACGGUGAUUGGAACUCCUCGAUAUGCUCACCAGGAAUAUGUACCUCAGCUUUCUAAAAUGAGGGCCGAUGACGCGUUGGUUAUGGUGUCGCAGUUUAUGGUUGAGCUGCAAGGUUUGAAGGCUGUGAAUGGGGAGGACCCACCAAAGAUUUUGCAUUUGAAUCCUCGAUUAAGAGGUGAUUGGAGCCAUCAACAAGUAAUUGAGCACAAUACGUGUUAUAGAAUGCAGUGGGGAACAGCUCAGAGGUGUGAUGGUUUGCCAUCCAAAGGCGAGGAUGACAUGCUGGUUGAUGGAUUCAUGCGUUGUGAAAAAUGGAUGCGUAAUGAUAUCAUAGAUACAAAAGAGUCCAAGAUAUUUUCAUGGUUUGAUCGAUUUAUUGGACGUGCACAAAAACCAGAUGUAACGUGGUUAUUUCCCUUUAAAGAAGGACGGAUGUUUGUUCUGACUAUCCGUGCAGGAGUUGAUGGAUAUCAUAUAAAUGCUGGCGGUCGACACGUGACAUCAUUUCCAUACAGAAUGGGUUUUACACUGGAAGAUGCAACAGGAUUAGCAAUUAAAGGUGAUGUGGAUGUUCAUUCAGUAUAUGCUACCUCUCUGCCAACUUCUCAUCCCAGUUUCUCACCCCAGAGAGUAUUAGAUUUCUCUGAGAAGUGGAAAUCUCAUCCCAUACGCCAAGGUGGUGUUCAACUCUUUAUUGGGGUUCUUUCUGCCACCAAUCACUUUGCGGAACGUAUGGCAGUAAGGAAAACAUGGAUGCAAUCUUUACCCAUCAAGAACUCUAUAGUAGCUGUUCGCUUCUUUGUUGCACUGAAUCAAAGGAGUGAGGUGAAUGCAGUUUUGAAGAAGGAAGCUGCUUACUUUGGUGACAUAGAGAUUUUGCCAUUUAUGGAUCGUUAUGAGCUAGUAGUUCUUAAAACUGUUGCCAUCUGUGAGUUCGGGGUUCAAAAUGCAACAGCGUCUUACAUUAUGAAAGGUGAUGACGACACUUUUGUUAGGGUUGACACAAUCUUAAAAGAUAUUGAAGGUGUGUCCCCUGGAAGGUCCUUGUAUUUGGGCAAUCUAAACCUCUUGCACAGGCCUCUUAGGACUGGAAAAUGGGCUGUCUCUUAUGAGGAAUGGCCUGAGGAAAUUUAUCCCCCGUACGCUAAUGGGCCCGGAUAUAUAAUAUCAAGUGACAUAGCCGAGCAUAUUGUCGCUCAACAUGCGAAUCAUAGCUUACGGCUGUUUAAAAUGGAGGAUGUGAGCAUGGGAAUGUGGGUCGAGCAAUUCAACAGCACGAGAAACAACGUAAAGUAUACUCAUAAUUGGAAAUACUGUCAAUACGGGUGCAUGGAGGACUAUCACACGGCACACUACCAAUCUCCAAGACAGAUGAUUUGUUUAUGGGACAAUUUGAUGAUGGGGCGCCCUCAUUGCUGCAAUAUUUGAAGGUACAAAAUAAGCUAUAAGAAUAUUCAUGCUGGAAAUUUGCAAAUCGUGUAGGAUUGUCAAAUUCUUUUUGUGGCUUGGCAAUAUGUAUUUGCUUCGAUGAGAUGAUUGGAUUAGACGGUGUAUAGUCCGGGUUUAUGACAAUUUUUAACUGUGGAUUAGAUAGUAUUUUUUUAAGGUUUAUAGGAACGGAGAAGAGCUAUCGAACUCCUCCCUUGUCGAUGUUUUGUUGGAACUUAGGCUUGAAACACUAUGAAAUUAUUAGGUUUUAGGUGGUGUAGUUUUGCAUACAAGAAUCAAGAUGAUGAUGUAUGUAUAUUUAAGAAAUCAUUUUCCCACUUAUCUACAUUCUUGAUUAUUGAUGAAUGGUUCAAUUUCAAUCUCAA